AAGUUUAAUGUGUCAUUGUCAAAUUAAACGAGAAAACGGCCUCAAAUCCUAACUUUUCAAACUGUUUCGUACAUUAUAUUAACAUUCUAUAGAGUAAAAUGAAAUUACGAUUUUAAUAAUAAAGAUGGAAGCAUCCGGAUUAGUAUCGGAAUUACCAACAAAAAUGGCACAUUUAGAUAUUAUGGAAAUAGGCGAAAACAAUGACUCUAAUGUUGUACCUGAAACAACGCAUUCCCGAGUGUUAAGAAAAAGAAAACCCUUUGCCCCAGAACCGAGUAAAUCGUCUAAUCGCAGAGUCAGUAUGAAGCCUCGCAAACAUAAUAUAACAGAAAACGCAAAUUCUAAACAAAUAGAAGCAUUAUAUCUCAAUAAAAAAAUUAAGUCUCUGACUCAAACACUAGAAACCAUUUAUGAAGAACCAAAACCUAGCACUACAGAAUCGGAGACAUACAUUGGAGGACGAAAAAUAAAAAGACUAUUGACAUUCCAAAUAGGUAGCCAAUAUACAAAAGAAAAAAUUAAAAAACGUAGAGCAAAAAUCAAAAAGCUUCUUGGAAAUAAAACAUUUGUCAAUAGAAAAAAGAUACCAAUGAAUGUGUUUCUUAAAACAAUUGAGUGUUUGGAGUUAGAUGAAGUCAUUCAUUCUGAAACUAAGACUAUUGAUAAUGUCGCAGUAUAAUGUUAGUAGAUGACAUACCUACGGUAUUUUUAUCAAUGUGUAUUGUAAAAUCAGUUAUUGAUCAAUUAAGUUAUAUUACCACUGUGACUAAAGUUGUGAAUAAAGUUUUGUUUAAUUUGUGUA